UACGACGAUCAGAGCUCUAAACGCACAUUUGGACGGAUACUGUUCUUUUACAUUGAUUUUUGAUUUACCUAACUUGUGAUUAUAUACAUCGGAGGACGUAAUACGGAUUAUAUUCGAAGAAAAGAUUAUUUUUUCCAGGAGUACCACGACGUUACUUUUACAGGAUCAUGACGGACAGAACAAUGAGACGGCAAGUGCUGCUGUUUGUCUCGCUUCUCUCUUUUAGCUCAGUGAUUGGGCAGGUCAGCUACUCCAUCCCAGAGGAAAUGCCGAAAGGUUCGUUCGUGGGUGAUAUUGGGCAAGAUUUGGGUCUGGAUGUGAAAAGAUUGAAAUCAGGAAAAGCCCGCAUUUAUACGGGAGACAGUGCAGAGUAUAUCGAGCUAAAUAAAGAGAGAGGAGUCCUACUCGUCAAAGACAGGAUAGACAGAGAGGAGAUCUGCGCACAGACAGCGCCCUGCGCGUUGCAUUUCCAGGUCAUUUUAGAGAAUCCAAUGGAGUUUUAUAGCAUUAACGUCGAGGUUACAGACAUCAAUGACAACGCCCCGAUUUUUAAAAGAGGUGAAAUGAAAUUCCGGAUAAGUGAGUCAGCCAUCACCGGAGCAGUUUUCUUGCUGCAACAAGCUGUAGAUCUGGAUGUCGGUGUGAAUGGCCUUCAAAGUUAUCUGUUAAGGCCAACCGAUAAUUUUAUGUUGAAGUUGCAAAAUCAAGCAGACGGAAGCAAGAUGAUCGAAAUGGUUUUACAGAAACCUUUAGAUCGAGAGAAACAGGAUCAUUUGUCGCUUGUAUUGACUGCAGUAGACGGUGGUGACCCGCAGCUCUCCGGCACAGUUCAGAUACAUAUCAGUGUGCUAGAUAUAAAUGAUAACGCUCCAGUAUUUACUCAGAAAAUCUACAAAUCCACUCUAAGAGAAAACUCGCCCUCAGGGACACAAGUAGUGAUUGUUAGUGCUUCAGACUCUGAUGAAGGAAGUAAUGGCAAAAUAUCUUAUGCUAUACAGAAUGUACUCGAUAACGUUUCCGAAUUGUUUGAGAUCAAUAGAGAGACCGGAGAAGUUAUACUGAUCGGCAACACUGACUUUGAAAAAAAGCGACAGUAUCAAAUACAUGCCCAAGCCAGUGAUGAGGGAGGAUUAACUGACUCAUGUAAAAUAAUAGUUGACAUAACGGACACAAAUGACAAUAAACCUGUUAUAAAUGUCAUGUCAAAGUCAAGUGCAGUAAAAGAGGACAUUCAACCUGGCACUGUAGUGACGAUGAUAAACAUCCAAGAUCCAGACUCGGGUGAAAAUGGAAAAGUUCAGUGUUAUAUCAAUGAGAAUAUUCCAUUCACAAUGUCCUCAACGUCAAAUAAUUUCUUCAGUUUGACAACUGACAGUGAUCUGGACAGAGAGAGAGCCUCUGAGUAUAACAUCAGUGUGACCUGCUCUGAUGAAGGAGUGCCCUCCCUCUCCAGCAGCGUCACUCUCACCUUACAGAUCUCUGACGUCAACGACAACGCGCCUGUCUUUGAGAGGAGCUCAUAUGAGGCCUACAUUGUAGAAAACAACACACCAGGCCUCUCUAUAUUCACAGUGAGAGCCAGAGACGCUGACUGGAACCAGAAUGCUCGUGUUUCUUACAUCCUGGAGGACUCCUCUGUUAACGGAGUGCCAGUCUCCUCAUAUGUGUCCGUCAGUGCUGAUAGUGGUGUCAUCCAUGCAGUGCGCUCUUUUGACUACGAGCAGAUCAAAGAUUUCCACUUCCGCGUCAAAGCGCAGGAUGGAGGCUCUCCUCCACUCAGCAGUAAUGUGAGUGUGAAAAUAAUGAUCCAGGACCAGAACGACAACCCUCCUCAGGUUCUGUACCCGGUCCAGACUGGAGGCUCUGUGGUGGCUGAAAUGGUGCCUCGUUCAGCAGAUGUGGGCUAUCUGGUGACUAAAGUGGUGGCUGUUGAUGUGGACUCUGGACAGAAUGCCUGGCUCUCCUAUAAACUGCAGAAAGCCACAGACAGGGCGCUGUUUGAAGUGGGCUUACAGAAUGGAGAAAUCCGAACUAUCCGCCAGGUGACUGAUAAAGAUGCUGUGAAACAGAGACUGACUGUUAUAGUGGAGGACAACGGGCAGCCCUCUCGUUCAGCUACAGUCAUUGUUAACGUGGCGGUGGCCGACAGCUUCCCGGAAGUACUGUCGGAGUUCACUGACUUUCCUCACGACAAGGAGUACAAUGACAACCUGACUUUUUACUUAGUGCUGGCUUUGGCUGUAGUGUCCUUCCUGUUCAUCACGUGUUUAGUGGUUAUUAUAUCAGUGAAAAUCUACAGAUGGAGACAGUCUCGCGUCCUGUAUCACUCCAGUCUCCCUGUGAUUCCAUAUUAUCCUCCACGUUACUCAGACACUUUGGGGACAGGGACUCUCCCACACGUGUACAACUACGAGGUGUGCAGGACGACUGACUCCAGAAGGAGUGACUGUAAGUUCGGCGGAGCUGGUAGUCAGAACGUGUUGAUAAUGGACCCCAGUUCUACAGGAACGAUGCAGCGGAUACAGAGUGAGAAGAGCAUCCUGGAUGAACCAGACUCUCCUCUAGAGGUUAGACUGUUUUAAAACUGUUUUCUUAAUGAUACUUCGUGUA